CCCACACCGGAUUUCCACUGACGGUCUCCACAUCUCUGCACAAUUCAGCUGUGAAAAUAAAGUUAACGUUGAAGUGGCUGAGAGGGACCAAAAGCAUCUGUUUGUGGAUUGGCGCUGAUGGCUGCUGGCUGGCUUCUUUAGGAGGGUCACUUCAGAGUAUUAGUGGAUUUUGGUGGGUGAAAUAUAGCGUGUUGGAUGUCAUUCAGAAUAAUGGAUGGGCUCAGACUGUCCACCGCUCUUCUUCUACUUCUGUCUUCUGUCUUCAGCUGUGGAACCACUAUACAGUUUCCGGACUCUAAACUGACCAGGAAAUGGGCGGAGCAGAUGCAGGAGGAGCUGGUGCAGUUAAUUGAGGCUGAGAGUGGCAUACAUGCUCUCAAUGAAAUUUUCUUGAAUCUUCGCAGACACUACACUGUGAAACACAACAAUGCACAGCAGCUGGUGGCAAAUGCUGCACGGGAAAUUGAGAAUCUCCUUGCCAAUCGCUCCAAAGCUCUGAAAGCACUGGCCGAGACUGCAGAAAAGCUCCAGAAGGAACACCAGUGGAAGGAUGAUCUUGAUGAGAAUGACACCAUCUACUACAAUGCCAAGGACAAGUUUGACAUUAAUGACACAGAGGCACUGACCCGCCACAACAGGAUCAGACUAGAAUUCAAAGAGGAUCCUGCAUUCAAAAGGCCUGUUUCCUACAACAUGACAGCAGUGCACAUCCCAACCGACAUCUUCGAAGGCUCCACAAUAAUUUUGAAUGAGCUCAACUGGACUGCAGCUUUGGAUGAGGUCUUCAGGAAGAACAAAGAAGAUGACCCGUCCCUCCUCUGGCAGGUCUUUGGCAGUGCAACUGGCUUGGCCCGAUACUUCCCAGCUUCCCCUUGGGUCGACACAAGCAACACACCAAACAAGAUUGACUUGUAUGAUGUACGCAGGAGGCCCUGGUAUAUCCAGGGUGCAGCUUCACCAAAAGACAUGUUGAUCCUGGUGGAUGCGAGUGGAAGUGUGUCAGGUCUGACUUUGAAGCUCAUUCAGACUUCAGUUAGUGAGAUGUUGGAAACGCUCUCUGACGACGAUUACGUCAACAUCGUCUCUUUUAACAAUUCAGCCAAGUCAGUUGCCUGCUUUGAAAACCUAGUCCAGGCCAACGUCCGCAAUAAGAAGAUUCUGAGGGAUGCGGUGAAGAAGAUCACAGCAAACGGCACAACGAACUAUAAAAUUGGUUUCAAGAAGGCUUUUGAUCAGCUCUCCUCAAUGAAUGUGUCCAGCGCUAACUGCAACAAGAUCAUCAUGCUGUUCACUGAUGGAGGAGAGGAGAGAGCAUCAGAGAUCUUUGAUGAUUACAACCGUGAUAAAAAGGUUCGCAUAUUUACCUUUUCUGUGGGCCAGCAUAACUAUGAUAAGGGGCCGAUUCAAUGGAUGGCCUGCACUAACAAAGGUUAUUAUUAUGAGAUCCCCUCCAUUGGUGCUAUAAGGAUCAACACCCAGGAAUAUCUAGAUGUGUUGGGCAGACCCAUGGUGAAAGAAGACAAGAAAGCCAAAAAUGUGCAAUGGACUAAUGUAUAUUUGGAUGCCUUGGAGCUGGGCCUCGUGAUUACAGGCACACUACCAGUGUUCAACAAAACCAGCUACAGGAACGGUCGAGACAAGAAUAAGGACCUGAACCAGUUGAUUCUGGGGGUGAUGGCCAUAGACGUGUCUCUGGAAGAUAUCAAGAGACUGACUCCACGAUUCACUCUUGGGCCAAAUGGAUAUUACUUCGCCAUUGAUCCCAACGGCUACGUGCUGCUUCAUCCCAAUCUUCAGCCAGAGGAUCUGAAGUCUCAGGAACCCGUGACGCUGGACUUCCUGGAUGCAGAACUAGAGGAUAAUGUGAAAGUGGAGAUCAGGAAAAGCAUGAUAGACGGUGAGAAGGGUGAUCGGACAUUCCGCACUCUUUUAAAGUCACAAGAUGAGCGUUAUAUAGACAGGGGUGUCAGAACCUACACUUGGGGUCCAGUUGAUAAAACGGACUACAGCCUUGCUUUAGUUCUACCAGAGUACAGUCUCAACUACAUCAAGGCCACAAUAGGAGACACCAUCACCCAGGCAAUAUUCUCUGUAAGCCUGCAGGUGGACAAAUUUGAAGAAUAUGGAUAUACCUUUAUAGCACCCAGAGAAUACUGCAAAGACCUGAAACCACAGAAUGACAACAACACUGAAUUUCUCAUCGACUUCAUUGAGUACAUCGACAGGAAAACCCCCAACAACCCACUAUGUAAUAUGGACCUGACAAACAGACUACUGCUGGACGCUGGCAUCACCGCUGAACUGGUCAAACACUGGAGCAAACAGGGGCCGAAUGACAGAAUCCGGGCAAAGUUUGUGGCCACAGACGGCGGUGUCACAAGAGUUUAUCCUGCAAGUACUGGUCCAGAAUGGACUGAAAAGGCAGAAACAUAUGAGUCCAGUUUCUACAAGAGAAGUCUGGACAAUGAUGUUUACAUGUUUACAUCAGCACCAUACACGACCAAUGAAACUCAAGAGUCUGUUUUAGUGAGCAGAGCGAUGGACCUGAGAAUUGAUGAAUUCAGGCUGAAGCCAGCUGUGGUUGGGGUAAAACUGGAUGUACAGACCUGGAUGGACAGCUUCAUGAAUGCUACAAUAUCAUCAAAGUGUGAUGGUGAAAUCUGUGGGUGCAGGAGGAACGACAUGUUUCUAGACUGCGUUCUAUUGGACGAUGGAGGCUUUCUCGUCAUGGCCAAUCAGGACGAGUACAUCAGUAUGAUCGGGCAGUUUUUCGGUAUGAUCGACCCCGACCUAAUGAGAAAUUUGCUGAACGAAUCCCUGUUCUCCGUCAACAAAACCUAUGACUAUCAGGCCCUCUGUGAGCCCACCAGAGAAACUAAAGCUGCUGCUGGCCUCAGAUCAGUCUAUGUGCCCACCAUAGCUGACAUCCUGAACAUUGGUUGGUGGGCUUCAGCGGCCGCCUGGUCAAUAUUGCAGCAGUUUUUUGUCAGCAUCACUUUUCCUAAUUUCCUCGAGGCAGCUGACCUAGACGGUGAUCUGUCCAAAAUUCCAUCUAAGGAGAGUUGCAUUAAAGAGCAGACUCAGUAUUUCUUUGAAAACAACGCGAUGAGCUUUAAGGGGACUGUUGAAUGUCUGAACUGCUCCAGACAGUUCAUAGCUGAGAAACUUCUGAAGACUAAUCUGGUGCUUAUAGUUGCUGAUGCACAAAAGAGCUGCCAAAUGUGUGAAGAGCAGCCAUUCUCCCAGGAAGAGAAGCCUUCUCCGGGUCCAGAUCCCUGUAAAAUAGCCCAGAACCCACGGUACCGGAAAGGUCCAGCAGAAUGCUUUGACAACAAUGCAAGUGAACUGGACGCGGAUUGUGGUGGUGCGUCAGGUCUGACUCCGCCUAUCGUGUCCCUGGCCAUCCUCCAGCUCCUCCUGCUCUGGCUUCUGAUUGGACGGGGAGACUGCCUAUCGUGACCACAACAUAGAGAGGCCACACCCCUUGACAGUGCCAAAACAUCUACCAGAUCCAGCCGUGCAUUUGAACGUUCAUCCGGACUCCCACGCCUCAACCCAGCACAUGGAGGGAGAGGCUCUGAUCCAGGAAGUAAAAACCCAUGUCGUGAUCACUCACAGCCCUUGAGGUCAGAGCGGGUCAGAGAUGAUAAAUGAGCAAUGACCUUUGACAUUUGACCUCUGAGGUCGGACUCUCUCCACAUGGGCGACAAGGUGGGCAGUCUUACCAUGGUGGGCAGAACUUGACUCUUCAUCGUCACAUUGCUAUGGGGGAUGUAUGUCCCAUAAUGAUCCAAAACAACACUGCCAACCAAAGUUCUGCCCUUUACCGGUGUGUUGCCUUUUUUAACCUUUUUGUGCUCCAACGUAUUUACAGUGGCUAAUUCCUCAGUAUAACAAACUGUUUAUAUGUGACUUUUAUGGCCAGCUUACAUUUGUCCUGCUGAGAUAUUUUAAUUGGGCCCCAUGGUUGGGUCAAAAUCUUGUUUUUGGUCUGUAGCCCAUUAUUGGAAAAAAAAAAAGGACAAAUGAGUGACUGACCCAAUGGCAAAAGUCUCUUGUUUUUCCCAGUGGUUUCCACGUCUGUGCCUCGGGAAUAUCGUUUUCAUUUCCCACCGCUGUGUGAGUGAUUAAUCCCUCCCUCCAUUCGUCUGUGGGUACUCGUUUUCACUAUCAUGCAGUGAUUUUUAUUCAUCCAUAGUACAUUCAAAACAUGCACUGCUGCCAAACGUUACCCUGUGUGUGGUCUCGCUAUACUUUGCACUUGAUGCCAAGCAGGUCGUUUGGCCGAACAGCCCCUCUAUAUGUAUUUUGGGCUUUUUAAAUUACAGCCAAUUCACACUGACCUAAAAGCUUGCGAAGUUUUACUGGUUAUGUAAGUCAUAGCUGCAUUAAUCCGAAAAGAAAAGCCACUGUUGCAUGUGUGUGUUUUGUUUUUUGAUGCAUUACCUGUUUAUUUUAGAAUAUUUAAAGGGAUAGUUUACUCAAAAAUGAAAAUUCUGUCAUCAUUUACUCACCUUUAUGUUGUUUCAAACCGUAUGACUUUCAUUCUUCUGUGAAACACAAAAGGAGAAUGUAAAAUGUUAGUGUCAGUCAGCAUUCACUUUCUUUGCUUUUUUUUUUUUUUCAAACAAUGAAAGUAAAUGCUUACUAACACUAUCAUCUCCUUGUGUGUUCCGCAGAAGAUGGAUGUCAUACAGGUUUGUAAUGACAAGAGGGUAAGUGAAUGAUGACAGAAUUUUCAUUUUUGGGUGAACUAUCCCUUUAAGUUAUUAAAACUAGAGGUUUGUGUUUUUUUGUUUGUUUUUUUGUUUGUUUGUUUUUUUUGCUGUACGUUUAAUGUUGAGUUUUCUGUACUAUAUUUAAUAUGUGUGUGUGUGUGGAUUUGCCUCGUGAGGUGGAAAGAAAAUUAAGUAAUGUUUACAGAUUUUUUUGGGGGGGGGGGGGGGGGAUUGAGUUUUUAUUAUAAAUGUUGUCCCUGGUUUUGCUGUUUUUUGGGGGUUAUUUAUUUGUCAUUCUCUGAAAUGUCAUUUUUCAGUUUAAUGACACAGUCACAGAGAGCUCUGUCAACCUUUCCUUCCUGUCAGUGUGCCUUGAUGUAAAUGGAUCUAUAUAAAAAUACAGGAAGGAAAAUUACAAUGUACAAUCUGACCAUGAUCGUUCUAAAGACAAAAUCCUAAAAAAUGAAGCUGCAAUGCCUUUGAGAGAUCCCGAACUGUUUGACAAUUAAAUUUGGGCCAAAAUCUUACAUUUAUGGAACAAUCAAAAGAGAGUUUUUGAGAUAUUUGACAAGAAUAAUAACAUCAUAAAAAAUAGGGAAAUAUUUAAAACAUGGUUGUUGAAGGGAAUUGUGGUCAACUGUUUUUUAAUAGUAUUUGGUCUCCACUAAUCCUGAUUUUGUGGUCACAUUCAAGAUUUAAAACAGUACAGACUCUGUAUUUUUAAAACAUUACUAGAGGUGUUCACACUGAUAUUUAUUUGCAAUAAUUCCUAUUCCAACAAUACAGUGAUUUAGCAAAAGAGGGAACAAUUUAAAAUAAGGUUCCAUUUGUUAACAUUAGUUAAUGCAUUAGUUAUCAUGAACUAACAAUGAACAAUAUUUUUAAACAUAAUUCGUUAAUCUUGGUUAAUGUUAAUUUCAACAUUUGAAAAUACAUUCAUAAAAUUAACAGUUUUUUACAGAUAUUAACAGUUUAGUUAAUGCAAUAUGAAAUAUCAGUGUGAACGCCCCUUUAUAUGGAUGUUUACCUGUCAAAAAGGAAAAGAAAAGCAAUUUAGUAGGAUGUAUAAAAAUUAUGAUUUUCCAUCUCAGCCUUUAGUACUUGGUCAUUAUUGUUUUGAGAAGAGAGGGAUACCUAAUGCUUGGCCAAUACCCAAUAUAUUCUAUAUUUUAUCGAUAAUGGAACUGAUCUAAAAUAUACAAGUCUGUGCAAAGAAACCUGAUUUCUUGUUAUUAAUAACCACAGAAUCUUUUUUUAUUUUAAAAAUAUAUAUAUAUAUUAUAAUUGUGCAAAAUUAAGCUUAAUUUGGAUCUGUGUCAAACUGAUUUUAGUGCAGCUUUAAUUACCUUCACUGUGCUCUUUAUUCAGUUUAGAAAAACAGGAAAUGUCAGAAAAAAUUAACCUUAUUACAUCUAACUUGGGAUGUAGACUGGAAUCCCGCGGGCAAUGUCACUGCUACUUCACGCAUCAUGUCCUCUCUUUACAGGAAACGAUUGAAAACAACAUGAUUGGACUGUGUGGAUUUGGCUUGCAUUUAAAAGACAUCCUUCUAAAAAUCUUUCCAAUAUUCAUUACUGUUCAUCGCUUUGUUGUAAUUGGACAAGCAUUCUAGAAGUGACGUGCAUUAAAUCAAAGUGUUUCCCCACAAACACUGUAGUUAAUUGGCUGCAUCAAAGUGAGAAAUGACUGAAAAUAUCCUCAGCUCCAGGUCGUUAACUUGAAGGCAGAUCAAUUACAUCACUGAAUUUCCAGCAAAUUUAAUGUCAUUUUGUUUACCUAUACUACGCUAUGCUGAAAAAGAUGUUUUAACUUCCUAUACCUAUACUUAAAGUGCCAUAGAGUUCUGUUUUUCUGCAUAUUUGUCUUAAAAAAAAAACAAAAAACAGGAAACUGUCACUGUCACACAAUUUUUUGGGGGGGCCGUUCAUACAGAAAACCUUAAUGCAUCCAUCUGUUCAAUUGUUUUUCAAUGUAAACAUGCACUAGACAGACGUAUUUGACCAUUGUGAUGCAUCCUGCUAUUUUUUUAGUGUCUAGCUUCAACUAUCUUUUUUACUUCAACUUUUAUCAACUUUUCUCGGGACACCUGUGUUCUGUUCUAUUCAUUAUGCUGCUUCAAGCUAUUUCAAGCGCAAUAACACGUUUGCCCUGUACAGCCUUUUAAUCAGUAUUCUUGUCUUUUUACAGUAAAAAUAUCUAAACAUCCUUAAAAUAAAUUACCUUGAGAAUAUAAUUUUGUUUUUUAUUAUUUUUUUACGAUGUUACAAGCUUAAUUCAAAAACAUACAAAAUAGAUUUUUGAAUUAAAUUUAUUUGUCUUAUCCCAUCUUGUAUUAAGGGUGUUUAGAUAUUUUACUGGGGGAAAAAAGACAAAAAUACUAAUAAAUACUAAUACUAAGGUUUUCUUUUUUUUUUUUUUUUUUUUUUUUUGCAGUGUAUUUACCUUUGAGGAUACUCAAAACUUUAAUGCAAAUGCAAAAUAGAAGCAUUUUCACUCUGUGGUCUCAGACUUUUGUACCCCUCUGAAUAUAUAGUUACUUAUAGUUAGAAAAUACAUGAGAUACAAAUAAAUAAUUCUUUUUACUUCCAGUUGAUAUUUAAGAGCAGCUCUCCAAGUUCAGAUGCUGUCACCUCAGGAAUAGAAUAUUCACAAAUUGUGAUUCAAAGUGUUCCAUGAUGCAGAUGUAUAUGUGCUCUCUCUCUCUCUCUCUCUCUCUCUCUCUCUCUCUGUUAUCUUUCUCUCUCUCUGGACUGUGUGGGUUUUGAUCUCUGGAAAUCUCAGAUAGCAUGAAGCGUGUUUUAAGUAGUCAGUCAUGUCUCUGCUGCCUCCGCUUGCCUCUUGGCUGACCGUCAAUCUGCCUCAGUCAGGGUUUUAGAGGACAUAUCUGUGAUCUUAUUUUCAGUUCCACCUCAUUGUACUUUAAAGCUGUGGUUGUCAACUGGUUUUGCUUCAGGACCCAUAUUUUACAAUGGACAUCAUGUGGUAACCCAACACUGUUCCAAACGUAAACUGUAUUUAAUAUAGAUUGGGUCAUAUUUUCUUUUACCUUGCAUAGAUAAUUUUUUCAUGGUUUCCAAAACUGAGGGUAUGUCAUGCAACCUGUACAUGUGAAAUUUUUACUACAUUUUACAUUUUAAAGUUCACCCAAAAAUGAAAAUUCCCUCAUCAUUUAUUCGCCCUCAUUCCAUCCCAUGUGUGUAUAACUUUUUUCUUCUGCUGAUGACAAACAAAAAGUUUUAGAAGAAUAUCUCAGCUCUGUAGGUCAAUACAUGCAAGU